AUUUGCAUCACAUCGCCUGCUGUUUCAGAACUUUUCAACCUCAUCCUUCAAAGAUCAACUUCUCAAUUGAACAUAUUGGUCUUCAGAGCCUCAAGUCCAACCCUCAGAUCGGGUUCCCAACACAAACAUAAUUCACAAUGGCCACCGCAACCGCCGAUUUCGGCAUCGACGUCUUUGCCAAGUACAAGCCCAUUGCUCUUGACCCGUCAAAUCCGAAGCUCUCGGAGCAGCAGAAGAGUGACCUUCUGUCUAACAUCUCACUCCUCAGAGACACAAUCGUUUAUUUCACAUCAUCUGGAGCGGCUCGAGGAGUCAGCGGGCACACCGGAGGCCCCUACGACACCAUCCCGGAAGUAUGCAUCCUCGAAGCCUUCUUCCACCACUCUUCCGACAAAUAUCUCCCAGUAGUCUACGAUGAGUCUGGACACAGAGUUGCUACCCAGUACCUCCUGAGUGCUCUCCACAAGCAUAUCCCAUUUGAGCAGCUCCUCCACUACCGCGAAGCCAAUUCGAAGCUACCUGGUCACCCCGAGCUUGGACUCACCCCUGGUAUCCAAUUCAGCUCAGGACGUCUCGGCCACCUUUGGUCUUUCAUCAACGGAGUUGCCAUGGCUCAUCCCGAAAAGAUUCUCUUCAUGUUGGGCUCAGAUGGUUCCCAGCAAGAAGGCGACGACGCCGAGGCUGCACGCAUGGCCGUUGCCCAAAACUUGAACGUCAAACUCCUGAUCGACGACAACGAUGUCACCAUUGCCGGUCAUCCAUCCGAGUAUCUCAAGGGAUAUUCACUCACUUCUACCCUGAAAGGCCACGGCUUGACCGUCUUUGAAGCUCCUGGAGAGGACAUCGAGAAGCUCUACGCUUCCAUUUGUGAGGCGGUCACCCACACUGGACCAGCUGCUGUAAUCGUCAAGAGAAAGAUGGCUCCCGGAAUCAAGGACCUUGAAGGCACCACCCAUGCUCACGAUGUCGUUCCAGCCAAGAUUGCCAUUGAAUACCUCGAGGAACGUGGUUACAACGACGCUGCGGCGAAGAUCAAGGCCAUUACACCCAACUCCCUUGCCUAUCUCUACAGCGGUUCUGGCAAGGAGGUCUUCGCCAACCGUGUCAUAUUCGGCGAAGCCGUUGUCUCCGUCCUAGAGAAGUUGUCCAAGGAAGAGGCCAAGGAGAAAGUUCUAGUUGUCGACUCCGAUCUCGAGGGUUCGACUGGCCUCAGCGUGAUCCACAAGAAGCGCCCCGAAGUCUUCAUGUCCUCCGGCAUCAUGGAGCGCGGCAACUUCUCCGCAGCAGCAGGCUUCGGCUCCGUCAAAGGCAAAGUCGGUAUCUUCUCCACCUUCUCCGCCUUCUGCGAAAUGAUCAUCUCCGAGAUCACCAUGGCUCGCCUCAACUUCGCCAAUGUCAUCUGCCAUUUCUCCCACUCUGGCGUUGACGACAUGGCCGACAACACGUGCCACUUCGGUCUCAACACUUUCUUCGCCGACAAUGGCCUAACCGACGGCGACACUACUCGCCUCUACUUCCCCGCCGAUGCCAACCAGAUGAGAGCUACAGUGGCCAAAGUCUUCUGGGACCAAGGCAUCCGCCUCAUCAUCUCGACUCGCUCCAAGACCCCUUUGAUCCUCAAGGAGGGCACCACGGAACCGUUCCAUGGCGAAGGCUACGAGUUCGUACCUGGCAAGGACGAGUUCAUCCGCGAGGGCAAUGCAGGCUACAUCGUUGCAUAUGGUGAGAUGGUGUACCGGGCGCUGGAUGCAGUUGAUCGUCUCCGUAGCGAGGGCGUCGAUGUCGGUUUGGUCAACAAGCCCACCCUCAACGUGGUUGAUGAGGACGCCAUGCGCAAGUUUGGUUCUUCUCCGUUCGUGCUGGUUGUUGAGAGUUUGAACCAGAAAACUGGUCUGGGAAGCAAGAUGGGCUCGUGGCUUCUGGAGCGGGGCUUGGCGCCUAAGUAUAAGUAUAUUGGCACCAGCAAGGAGGGAUGCGGUGGCUUGAGCGAGCAGAUCUUCCAUCAAGGUCUUGAUCCCCAGAGUGUGAUUAAGGCGGUUCGCGCUUUGCAAUAGGUGCUCGCUCCUUUUGCCUUCGCACAGCUGAUGACGAAAAUGAAAUUGAUGGGUUGCUGGAGUUUCUUUGCUCUAAUAAUCAACAAUUAUACUUAUGGAAACGACCAUAGAUGCUUUACAAAUUUACCUUCCGUCAUGCGAUAUCAUUGAUAUAGAGAUUCAUGCUUUGGGGCGAAGCUGCAAGUCCCAAAGGGAGCAUGGCACGUGGUCAACGCGCAGAAUCGCUUGGUCGAAAAGGGGAGGGCGGCUUGUGGCGAAACGGGAGCAACUAAUCGAACUGCCGCAUAGCCCCUUGAGUGCUCAGCGAUAUGGCUAUCUGCAAAAUCCAUAUUCUGGAC